UGGUUUCUACGCCGUCGUCGCUGAAAAACUCUUCCUUACCUCAUUUUUUCAUUUUCCUUUUUCAGUCCUUUGAUUCCACUCCAACAUAUCAAAUCUCUAGAAAGGCCUCUCGAUUGUUUGAUCUCCGGAUCUGGGGCCCCAAUAAAGGAUCUUCUUGAUGGUGGCUCUUUCUAGAGUGGCGAUGAAGCGUGGAAGACAGAGAUGCAGCCAGGAUCAGCGUUUAGGGGUGGUUUCAAGCAGAUCAAAAGUUUUCAGAUUUUCUUCUCCGAUCUAUCUUUUGGCCAGUGUAUGAACUUGAGAAGUAGAGGAACUACAAACCUCACUCCAUUAGUACCAGACAUCAGAGCUUUGGAAAGAGAGAAUAGAAGAAAGAGGAGAGAAGAGGAGCAACAGGCUCAUUUAGUCAGAUUAAGUUUUGAGAUGGCACAUCAUCAGAACCAGAAUCAGGCUGGAGAGAUCCCCUUGAGAGCUGCUCAAGAGAGAGAUGGUCAAGGAGCUGCCAACCUUCGACCACAGCGCCAACCACAACACCCACAACGCCAAGCUCGUGCCAUUGGAGCCUAUGAUCAACCACACAUUCAUGGUCAUAGGUUGGAAAUCAGAGCACCAUCUGUGGAGAACAACAACUUUGAGAUCAAGUUAGGUCUGCUCAGCACCAUAGAGAACAACAAGUAACACGGCCUUGCUGCUGAAGAUCCAUAUGAUCACUUGGAGAAGUUUGAUAAGUAUUGUAGCUUGUCCAAGAUCAAUGGUGUUUCUGAAGAUACCUUCAAGCUCAAGUUGUUCCCUUUUUCUUUGGGAGAUAAGGCACACCAAUGGGAGAAGACUCUUCCAAGUGACUCAAUCACUACUUGGGAUGAUUGCAAGAGAGCAUUCUUAGAGAAAUUCUCUAAGAAUUUCUAUAAGAGGUUCUUAGUGGUUAAAUCAUAAGAAAAUAUAGUUGUUCAUUGGGUGAGUGAUGUGAGUGUUUGUUAUUUUGGGGUAUGGGAUGAAUGAAAGGGGUGUAGAAUUUGUAAUCACUUAGGAAUGGGUAGAAUGAUGAGGAUGGAUCCAUGUAUGAUGUAUACAUGAAUUGCUCCUAGUCUUAGAUAUAUUUUGCAUAAUGAUCAAGCUCCUUGAUUCUUGAGUGAUUGCCACCUUAAAAUGAUGCAUUGAACCCUCCUUUUCAUCCAUAUUAGACCAUUUGAUCACCUAGCCAAAUGAUUGAGAUCAUGUGCCCAUUUGUGAGACCUCACCUAGUUUGUGUGUAUGUGAAUUAAUGUGAGGGCUGGUUAAGGGAGCAUGUUAGUUGAUAAGCAUUGCAUCUUGUGUAGAGGCAUAAGAUAAGUAUUGAUAGGCCUUGAGAAGCUAGAGUUUAAUAAGAGAGUUUGCUCAUGCUAUUUGCUAUGUUUCUUUAGGAUGUCAAGUUGAGGGCUAUGAGUGUUUCUUUUGGUUAUAAGCUCCCAUCUCUGUAUCUCUCCUCCUUGAGUUUUUGAAAAGUUUACUUGAGGACAAGUAAAUGACUAGUGUGGGGGAGUUGAUAUCUUUCAUAUUUACAUGAUUUUAGCCAUUCAUUCUUGUAUAUUUUGAGCAUAUAUAUUAGGUAUUAGGCAUCUUUAGGUUCAUAUUGCAUUCAUAUAUCUUUAUUAGGUGUUGGAGCAUCCUAUGGAGUGAUUUAAGAUGUUUGGAAGCUUUGUGAUCCAAAAAGAAGUGAAGAAUGAAGCUUGGCCAAUCCAAGACAAGCAUGGUUGAACAGACCGGGCAGAACUGAGCGGGGACUUUCACCCGCGCGGCCUGAAUCGAGUUCAAGAGAAGCAACCUGACCGGGGAGGAACCACCGGGGAACUCCACCCGCGCGGCCUGCCUGUGGAGAACUGACCGGGGAGAACUGACAGGGGAGCUGCACCCGCGCAGGAAUGACCAGGAUGAGAAGAUCCGAAGUGCGCGGGUAGAGACGCGCGGGGAGGAUCGGUUCGGUCUACCCAUGCCGUUUUUCUUAAGUCUUUGGUCGAGAAUUAAGUGUCCCAAGGCCAUUUUAGUCAUUUUAUCUUGAUGUUUUAGACUUUCUAAACCUAAGUAUAAAUACUCUUGUUAUCCUAAUGUUGGAUCUAACUUUUUUUCUCUCAAAAACAUAUUUAUAAACCUUGAAGAAAGUUUGGAUCUUUGAUCCUUUUUCAUUUUAUUUUCUUUGUGUUUGUUGGAUUAUCUUGUUCACUAAGCGUGUCUAACCUUAAAUCAUCAUUGGUUUUUGGGUUAAUCAUGUCUAUUAGUGAGUAGAUCUAUUUAGGAUUCAUGGGCUAGGGUGAUUAAGGGUGAUUAGUGAAGAUCUAGGGUGUUUAGUAUUAAAUCUACUUCUUUCCUUGCUUGUUGAGGGUUCUCAAUGCUAUUUUAGUCUUGAUCAUACUAAAAUAGAUCCUUAGGCAUUUCAUGCCCGGAAGGUGUAUGAUGUAAUGCCUGAACUAACUCUUCAUUGCUUUUAGCUUACUUUACCAAAGGGAUUUGUUGUUAAAGGAGUUAGGAUUGCUAUUAGACUUGUUCUCCAUGAUUGCUUUAGUAACAUUCAACCAAAGGGAUUUGAUGCGUGAGUUGCUUUAGCAAAUGAACAUUCAUCUAGGGAUAGAGCUUGUUUAGUAUUGUGUCUAGGCAUAAGGAAAAUGCUUGAUUGAUAGCUUGUCACCUUUAGAUUGGAUCUACAUCACCCA